AUGAGCGUGGAGUCGAAGUACACUAUUCUGUGUACUGUAACAGAUGUUCAGCUGAAAGGCUACGCAGACGCAAUCCAAAUUGAUUCGGCGAGAAAAAUUCAAGAGUACAAUCGUGCAGUUUCUCGUCAAGCUGAAGAGCGUGAGCUUAAAGAGCGUCGUGAACGUGUGCGCCGUGCGGCGGAAGCGAAUCGGAAGGCGCAAGAGGAAGCUGCAAAGUUUGCUGGUGAUGCAGGACAAGGAGGAAUGCCGAACGUUGAUGAUUUUAUUAAGGAUCCUGACAUCGCUGCGGCUCUCAAGGAUCCGGAGAUCAUGAGUGCAUUCAUGGACAUCGUGGCUAACCCUUCGAAUCUGAUGAAGUAUAUGAGUAACCCGAAAGUGAUGAAGCUCUUUGCAAAAAUGAAAGGAGGAAUGGCUGGGAUGUCUGCUGAUGGAGCAUCUACUGGUGAUUGCCCAACUGGGACCAAAUGUAGUGAUUCUGGUUGCGGUCGAGCCGACACCGUGCCUCCACCUCGCCCGAAGGCCCCCGAGCCCGACCUCGAUUGA